AUAUAUCUGGAACCAAUGGGAAAAACACUGGACACUAAAGCUAAGCAAUUGUAUAAUAACAGAUUUUUGAAAUACUUGCGACUGGGGACUGAAAAUGAUUUUUUUUUUGUAAAAUCGGAGUGUCAUGCUGAGAUGAAAAGAAAAAUCACAUACAAGGUUGAUGUUUGUAUUAAUAAAGAACUAACUAUCAUGGAGGCCCAGUGUGAAUGUGCUGCAGGUAUGGGCCCAACAGCUCAUUGUAAACAUGUAUGUGCAGUCCUCUUUGGAAUGACCCAGUUUUCUUGUUUCAAGGAGUUGAGGACAGAAGAGACUUGUACACAACGGUUACAAACUUUUCAUCAAUAUGAAGACAUAAUUUCAAUACAGGCAUUAACAGUAGAUCAAUCCAAGAGCAAACAAUGGCUGAAUGAGAGAUGCAAGCGUUUGACAUCUUCAAAUUUUGGCAGAAUAUGUAAAGCAACAGACAAGACAGACUUUCACAAACUUGCUUUAUCAUAUACGAGAAGUUCUGCAUUAUAUACAGCAGCUAUCAAGCAUGGUAGACAGUAUGAACCAGUAGCAAUAGAGAAAUAUGAAUCGAUUACGAAGCUAGAAACUGUUAAAUGUGGAUUAUUUGUGUCAAAAAUGCAUCCUUUUCUAGCUGCUUCUCCAGAUGGAUUAACAGAAAACAAUACAUUGUUAGAAAUCAAAUGUCCGUAUACUGCACGAAAUGAACUGAUCACACCUAAAUUUGUUCCUUACUUGUCUGAGGUAAAUGGGGAGUUGAUUUUAGACCCAAAACAUGACUAUUACUAUCAAAUACAGGGACAACUGUUUUGCACUGGAAAACAAACAUGUGACUUUUUUGUUUACACACAUGAAGAUCACAAAUUAAUAACAAUUGAAAGAAAUGACAGAUUUAUUGUUGAGAUGAAAGGUUCUUUAACUUCAUUUUAUGAAAAAUAUUUUAAGCAGGUUGUUCUUGACAAAUUUAUGUACAACAGUUAUGAUAAGUAUUCCUGGUGA